CAAGGAGGAAGGCACUCUCAAAAGCAAACAGGCUUCCCCCGAGUCUAGUCCCCUGAAUGAAGUGGUAUCUGAAGCUUUUGUCCGCUUCUUUGUGGAGAUUGUGGGGCACUACUCCCUCUUCAUGACCUCCACGGAGCGGGAAGAAAGGAGCCUACAUCGGGAGGCCUUCCGAAAGUCAGUCUCAUCAAAGAGCCUGCGACGGUUUCUGGAGGUCUUUAUGGAAACUCAGAUGUUUGGAGGCUUCAUUCAGGAACGAGAAUUGCGGAAACAGGGAGUUAAAGGUUUAUUUGAGGUACGUGCCCAGGAGUACCUGGAAACUCUUCCCAGUGGAGAGCAGAGUGGAGUCAAUAAAUUCCUGAAAGGUUUAG